CUGGGUUACGCACGUGUCGGUAACAAAAACGCGGGAAAUCGCGGAAUUUAUUUCGUAACUUUAUAAGAAUUUGAACAAUGAUUGGGAACGGACGUGAUUGUGAAUUAUUAAAGAGUGUUUUUAAAAUAAAAUGCUAGAGAAAACUUUUUCCAGUGUUAAAAAAUUUAGUGUUGCGAGUUAAAAUGAUUAGAAAUCGAUGGAUUUUAUUGUUUCUUUUAACACCAUUAAGUUCAAGUGUGUUAUCUUCAAAUCUCAUACCCGUUGAUGACGGCGGAAAACAACAUGAGGCAAAUAUACUAUCUGAUAUUGGGGAAAAUGUAACGGUGUACGAAAAAAUCAACGAGAUUGGAUAUACAGAAAAUAAUGAUUCAACGAAAACAGGAUUAUUCCGAUAUAAGAGGAGAUUGCAAAUGGUUAUAUCACAACACUUCAGUGAAACUACAGUUACUCUUGGAGUAGACAUAAGUCUACAAUGCAUAGUAAACGGACCACAUCCAGCGAGAUUCGUGUGGGAAAGGGAUAAAGUAGUUAUAUCUUCGAACACAGAUUCUAGAUAUGCAAUAGGACAAACUAUGACGCCAGAUGGCGGUGUAUUAACACAACUUAACAUUUCUCACAUAAGAGUCGACGAUGGAGGUCUCUAUUCUUGUGUAGCUCAUCAUGGAGACGCAAUAGUUUCUCAUGAAGAUAGAGUUAAUGUUUAUGGUCCGCCGUACAUUAGAACAAUGCCACCGUUCAAGGUUCAAAGUGGACAAAGUGUAACACUUCGAUGUCCAUAUUACGGUUACCCUAUAAGGGACAUCUCAUGGGAAUUUAAAGGAAAGGAGAUAGUCAAGGAUGGUCAAAGUCAUCGUUAUAAAAGAUUUAUAAAUGACACUGCAUAUAGUAUAGAAAUAUUCGGAAGGAAACCUAAAUUAAGAGAGAAACGGGAUACAACUAGUGUAACAGCAGAUGGAGUAUUAAAUAUAGUUAAAGUUAGUAAAACUGACAAUGGAGCAUCAUACGCCUGUAUCGUCAGAAGUCCUUCUGGUGAAAUGGCAAAGAGAUCAUUUGAAUUACAAGUGGUUGAAGCACCGCAGUUAGAAGAUAUACUCCUAGCAUCAGAUUUACAAGAAGGACAAAUUGUACAAAUCCAUUGCAAUCUUAAAAGUGGUGAUUCUCCUGUUUACUAUUCUUGGUUGAAAGAUGGUAAAAAGAUACCAACACAUUUAAAGAUAGUGGAACGUAGCUUAGAAGUGUUCAGUGUUUUAAUAAUUAAAAAUGUAUCAUUGGAUCAUUGUGGUACAUACACAUGUGUUGCAGCGAAUCACGUAGCGAAAGUAAAUAAAACUGUAAAUUUGUACAUAAAAGUCGCUCCUAAAUGGAGUGAAGAACCUCGGAAUACUUCGUUACUUCUUGGCAGAAGUGGUCAUGUUUCGUGUAGUGCGAACGGAUAUCCACAACCACAAACUCAUUGGCUGAAAAAAGAUGUGAUAUCUGACGCUUGGAGGCCAGUAUUAGAAGUAGCUGGUGGUGGAGUUCUCAGUCUAUCAAAUGGCUCGUUAAUUUUCGAUGCAGUAGCGCUUUCUGACGCUGGUCUGUACACUUGUCAUGUUGAAAAUGGCGUCGGUGAACCGUUAAGCAAAACUGUCUGGAUAUCUGUUAACAAACCUGUAACAUUUGAUGUAGUAUCAAGGAAUAUGACAGCAAAGCUCGGACAACAUAUAGCACUAGAAUGCCAGGCGAGAGGAGAUGAUCCUAUUAGAAUAAUAACCUGUAACAUUUGA